ACCAGCGCUAGUGUUCUCGGUGGUGGGAGCAGUGGCGUUUUCUGAGAGGGCUAGUCGGUCUUCGGAGGUCGUGAGAGGAGGAAGUGGUCAACCAGCAAAGAAGGGACUGUUAGAAGAGACACUCAAGAGUGAGAGUUGACACUAAACAAGAGACCUCCAAAGGCCGAGAAGAAGAGGCAGUCUACAAAGUUCUCCAAAGACGUCGUUACGCACAUAGAAAAGAGAUAAUCGAGUGGUACAAAAAAGAGAAAAAAGUCCAACCAUGGCCGAUAAGUCGAAAGAGGAGUUUUACACUCGACCUCCAAAAGUCGGUGGUUGGACUUCUUUCAAGACCUUCCUGUGGAAUUCCGAAACGAAUCAGUUGAUGGGAAGGACUUUCCUGUCGUGGGCUAAGAUUUUCUUCUUUUAUGCCUGUUUCUACACUGGCCUUAUAUCCUUCUUCUUCGGACUCAUGGCACUGUUUUACCAAACGUUAGACAUGAACACACCGAAGUGGCAAAUGUCCAGCUCGCUCAUCGGCAACAAUCCAGGUCUAGGGUUCAGGCCGAUGCCGCCGGAAUCUCACGUUGAAAGUACGUUGAUAUGGUAUAAAUCCCAGGAGGACAACUUCGCCCCGUGGACCGUCAAGUUGGACGACUUCUUGAAACCGUACAGGGAGCAGGAUCCACACGAAUCAAACGUCCAGGUGUGCGACUUUUCAACGACCGACUUCAAUGACAAGGUCUGCAGAAUCGACAUCGCCGAUUGGGUCCCUUGUACAAAAGAUUCCAAUUAUAAUUAUCAUACGCGCGCUCCCUGCAUCUUCCUUAAGCUCAAUAAGAUAUUUGGUUGGAUGCCAGAAUUUUACAACGAUACUGAGAACCUUCCGGACAACAUGCCUCAAGACCUGAAGAACCACAUAAUCGAUGAAAAAAAACAGAAUCCUAAAGGAUUGAAUACUGUCUGGGUGUCAUGCGAAGGUGAAAACCCAGCAGAUGUCGAAAACAUUGGGUCAAUACAGUACAUCCCGAGGCGCGGUUUUCCAGGAUACUUCUUCCCAUACAAAAACCAAAAAGGCUACCUUAGUCCUAUUAUAGCCGUAUGGUUUGAAACUCCAAACCCUGGAGUGUUAAUAAAUAUUGAAUGCAAGGCAUGGGCUCACAAUAUACAUCACGACCGUGCAGAACGUAGAGGAUCAGUACAUUUUGAACUGAUGAUUGACUAGCGAGUAGACGUCGCCACACCUCCAGAGUCGCCUACUAGCCUCACUUACAGACCUUUUUAUCUUUAAAAACAUUUUUUCCAUUUAUAUUUAAACAAAAAAUAUAUAUAUCACCUUUCCAAAACGUAAAACAAAAAAUUACAGUAAAAUCAGCAAAAGCAAAAAAAAAAAAAAUUAAUAAUAUUAAUAGAAAAGCCUAUUUUCACUCAAUGAGGAAAGGCAUAACUCGAGUAAACUGUCUUUUAUGAUAAAGUUAUUUUUGUGAAACAGCGUAGCUACUUAUAGUAUGAAACAUGUGUGGGCUCACAAUUAGCGAAUUUCGCUCUAUUAUUUCACAUAAUUGGCUGUGCUAUUAUAUUUUCUCUCCAAGACCCCUUGAUUUCAAAUAUUUUAAUCUUACUUUUU